GCGUCUAUCGCUCACUCAACAAGCCAGUGGCUUGGGUGCCAGGUAACGCGAGCAAGUUUGACCCUGCUGCCCUGCCGUAGACCGGAUGACACGCUCUGUCACGUGACUGAGAGAAACAAGACCUAGUGGGAUCUCGGGAAGCUGACAGCAGAGAAGGCAGAGAAGUGAUCAGUGGAGGGCAGGGGGAGCUGGCUGUCAGACAACACACAGCCUUCAUAGACAUUGCAGAAGAAACUACAAAACACGUAUAAAUAAGUUUUUCACAGUCAGGAUUAUAGAUUGAAAUGAAAAAUCCUGUGAAUGGUCAGUACUAGGCCACAAAAGGAACAUGCAAAGAUUGUGAGAAGCUCCAGAGCUUCCUUACCACUUCUCAUUUGAAGGUCCACAGAUGGGUCAAGGACUUUGGAGAGUAGCAAGAAAUCAGCAGUUCCAGCAAGGAUUUCUUGAACCCAGCUACCUUACUACAGAUAAUGGUAGAAGAAUAAUUGUCAAUGAUAACCUCAAUCAUCGAAGGAACAUGCAAGGUGGAAUGGACAUAUACCAUUUGCUGAAAGCAAGAAAAGCAAAGGAUGAACAAGGGUUUAUUAAUCUUGAAAUGUUACCCCCGGAGCUCAGUCUUACCAUUUUAUCAUACCUAAAUGCAACUGACCUGUGCCUGGCGUCAUGUGUUUGGCAAGACCUUGCUAAUGAUGAUCUGCUUUGGCAAGGAUUAUGCAAAUCAACCUGGGGUCACUGUUCCAUAUACCACAAAAGAUAUCCACCUGGAUUUUCCUAUCGGAAUCUAUAUAUGAGGCUGGAUGAAGGAAGCCUAACGUUUAACGCUAAUCCUCAUGAGGGAAUUGAAUACUUUCUAUCCAGGGGAAUACUUGAUGAUACACCAAAAGAAAUAGCAAAGUUUAUAUUUUAUACCAGAACACUAAACUGGAAAAAUCUGAGGGUAUAUCUUGAUGAAAGGCGAGAUGUCUUGGAUGAUCUUGUGACUCUGCACAAUUUCAGCAAUCAGUUUCUACCAAAUGCACUGAGAGACUUUUUCCGGCACAUACACGCUCCAGAAGAACGUGGGGAAUACCUUGAAACACUCAUCACAAAAUUCUCACAUCGAUUUUGUGCUUGUAACCCAGGGCUUGCAAGAGACCUUGGCUUAAGCCCAGAUGCAGUGUAUGUUCUAUGCUAUUCUUUGAUUCUACUUUCCAUCGACCUCGCCAGUCCUCAUGUGAAGAACAAAAUGUCAAAGAGAGAGUUUAUCAGAAAUACACGCCGUGCUGCUCAGAAUAUUAGUGAAGAAUUUGUAGGGCAUCUUUACGACAAUAUUUACCUUGUUGGCCAUGUUGCUGUUUAAAAGCACACAUUCUAGGUUCUAGAACAAUAGUGAACUACUACAGCUACUGCUCUCCAAAGCUUUGACCGAGUGCCAGACAUUGGGGUUAUGUUAGUGCUGGCCAUUCUAACCUCAGUCUACAAUCUAAUUAUGUGUUCUAUGCUUUCAUAGAAAUUGACCACGAACCGUGAAGAAUAUUAUUUUUUUAUUAAUAGUAUCGUAUCUUGCACAUAACAGUGCCAUUAGACUGACCUAGCCAUCUACGACUGUUAAACUGACAUAACAAUGUAGGCAUUUUUCAGGGUAAAGGAUCUAAACACUAGAUUUUUUUGUUUUUUUUCCAACGCGUUUACCAAUGCAUUAUUUUUUAAUACUUUGUAAUUUGUACAUACUAAA